AUGGAAAAUCCGAGCACUUCGGAAUAUCGAGGAGGUGAAUUCAAUGUUCAUCUUGAUCGAACGGCCCGGAAGAAGCGAGGAAAGCCAAAAAAUGAUCUUCUGAAUGUAAUUCGACGCCAAGGAGGUGGCAGAAAGGCCUUCAAGGAUCUAAAGUGAGUUUUUACGUUAUUUAUUUCGAGUUUUAGGUAUUUUAUCAGCAAAAAUUGAUGGUUUUUAUAUUCGUCAUGAUCAACAUCAAUAUUUUUAGGUACGAUGAGCUCAAACCGAUGUAUGAACUGUGGUGCGGGUAUUUUAAGUCAGUAUUAGAGGAAGUUCGAGAAGAUCUCGAUCAGAGACUGUUGAAACUGGACUUUCACGGAUCAAUUUUGAUGGUUUCAACGGCAGAUAACCCAUCAAUGGUAAAUCAACGUUUUGUCUGUCUUAAUUUGAAUUUUCUUUAGAUUGGAUUAAAUGGAAUCGUCGUUUAUGAAUCGAAGAAGACAUUUCAGCUUAUAACACGGAAGAAUAAACUUAUUGGUAAGAGUUUUGCGGAUUUUUUGUUGUUCUUUAGAUACGGCCGUAUACGGGGCAAAAAGAACUGACAAGGGAAGUACCCCAAGUGCGACGCUCAGAUUUUCUUUAAAUUUUGCACACACGUCGGGUAUGGACUACGUAUCAAUUCCUGAAAGUUUUAGCUCGCGCUUUGCAAGCGCCGCCGAGAUAUUGAACGAUCUUUGCCGCCGAGAGAGCAUGCUAAGCGCGGAGAUCGGUCAGGGAGAAAAACACUUUUUGGCCAUAACUUCGCUAGUUUCGUACGGGAAAAAUUCAUUUUUUGUGGAAGCAUUACCCAUUACAAUAGAAAUACGCAUGAAACUUUUCGUGUCGAAAUUCGGUAAAAAGUCUCAAAUUUUCGCCAACUUUGGAUCUAAAAAUCUCGGUUGUUUCUGCAAAGCGCGAGCUAAGAUUCUCGCAUAUAUCUUAGAAAAAGUUAUUCUAAAUUUGUGCCAAGUUUCAUCGAAAUCUGAGCGUCGCACUUGGGGUACUUCCCCUGUGAGUUAUGUGGAAGUGAGGAUAUUAUGGGGUCAUGAUCUUUGAAUAUCUAGGAAUAAUAUCUGUCUAAUAACUCCUCUGAAAGUUUCAUUCCAAUACCUUGAAGGGUUCUUGAGAACCAGCCGAUUUUCUACAUUAUCCAUGACACUUGAUAACUUUUUUCUUUCAGUGAUCCCAAAACAAGGUACAACGUUUCAGUUUGUCUUCCAGAAGAAAGUAUACACGAUAUUUGGUGAUGCCAUUCAACAGCAACCAUAUCUUCGAGGGAAACGGGUCAAACAUCGGGCAACUUUACCAUUCCUUUUAAAAUAA